GAGCGAGAGAGAGAGAGAGAGAGAGAGAGGCUGUGAGACUGAGUGAUAGAGAAAGCGCACGCGAGAGAGAAAGAGAGAGCAACUGUGUGACAGAGGGAAAGAGAACAAGGCAGGCUGCUUAGAGGAGUGAGAGAGCCAAGGACGAAAUAAGGAACACAUUUUACAAGAGCAGGAAGAGGGAGGAUCGCAGACGAGGGACUCCUUCUCUACUGGGCACCUGGGACACAGUCACUGUGUUUUUGUUUUUUUUUCACUCGUCUUCUAGCUGGAACCCAGUGGAUUGACUAACCAACCGGUGGAUUUCUUUUUAAAUAAACGCUUGUGCCACACCGUUUAGAAACUGGGAUCAUUUCCCUGUGUUAUCUGCCAUCUCGCUCGCUCGAUCGCCACAGACUGAGAUUGCUUUCCCGUUCUGUGCUUGACUCUCCGUGCACAAAGUGCAUCUGUCGGCAACCGGUGCUGAAGAUAUCAUCCCUCUGUCAAACAGGACGGCACGCAGCCACCGUCAGAUCAGACUAGAGAGAGAGAGAGAGAGAGUGUAUGUAAGAGAGGGAAAGAGAGAGAGAGAGAGAGAGAGCGGCAGUGAGAGAGAGAGUCAGAUUCACAGUGUGUGUGAGAGGAAGGCAAAUUAAAACCCAGGCGAAAGACUGGAGUGAAACAGCUUAAACAGAGAAGUGAACCUAUACGUCCUCUCCCGUUUUCCUUGCCAUCCCUUUCCUCCUCCUCCUCCUCCUUCUCUUCCUCUCCCAUUUACCAGUAUUCGCAGGACUGCCAGAGCUACUGCCACCUGCACAUCUUCACUUCUUCUCUUUCCUCUUCUUCCUCUACCUCACCCUCAGCCACUGACGGACACGCUGCUCUUGGUUCUAGCACUUGUGGAAAUAUUUCCAUUGAUCCAGCAGUGAGAGACUGAGUGAGCGUUCGCCUGAUACUGAAGCUUCGGAGCAGUGGGGUUUGUCAGGAGCUUCCCUGUCAGAGUCAAGACCUUCUCCCAGGCGCUGUCCGGCACACAGAACCUGCCUUUUCCCUGGAGGACCCGCUAGCGACACAGUGGUGCCGACAGCAAAGACAGGAAUCGCACAGCUCCUCUGCUGCCUCUAUCCCAUUGCUAGCUCCUUGGCAGCUCCCGCCCCCGUGUCACCAUUCCCUGCCUCAGUGCUAAGGAUUCCAGCUACAUGGGCAAGCGAUUGGAGCAGCAGCCAAUGUACCCUCAGUACACCUACUACUACCCCCACUAUCUCCAGACCAAGCAGUCCUAUGCUCCACCCCCUCAUCCCAUGGCUCCUCCCAGCCCGAGCACCAACAGCUGCAGCCAGGGAGGGGCAGAGCAGCUGAGUAAGACCAACCUGUAUAUCCGAGGCCUGCCUCCUGGGACCACCGACCAGGACCUCAUCAAACUCUGCCAACCGUAUGGAAAAAUAGUGUCAACCAAGGCCAUUCUGGAUAAGAACACCAACCAGUGCAAAGGCUAUGGCUUUGUGGAUUUUGACAGCCCAGCUGCAGCACAGAAGGCCGUGUCGUCUCUCAAAGCCACUGGGGUGCAGGCCCAAAUGGCCAAGCAACAGGAGCAGGACCCCACCAACCUGUACAUCUCCAACCUGCCAGUGUCUAUGGACGAGCAGGAGCUGGAGAACAUGCUGAAGCCCCUGGGUCAUGUCAUCUCCACGAGGAUACUGAGGGAUGCCAACGGGGUCAGCAGAGGAGUCGGCUUUGCCAGGAUGGAGUCCACGGAGAAGUGUGAAGUAGUGAUACAGCAUUUCAAUGGAAAAUACCUGAAAACCCCACCAGGCAUUCCAGCUCCCACGGAGCCUUUGCUGUGCAAAUUUGCCGAUGGAGGGCAGAAGAAACGCCAGAGCCAGAGCAAGUACCCUCAGAACGGGAGGCCGUGGCACAGAGAAGGCGAGACUGGCAUGGCGUUAACAUAUGAUCCCGCUGCAAUGCAGAAUGGGUUCUACUCCUCGCCUUACAGCAUCGCCACCAACCGCAUGAUUGCACAGACCUCCAUCACGCCCUUCAUCGCUGCUUCCCCCGUUUCCACAUAUCAGGUCCAGAGUACGUCAUGGAUGCCUCAUCAACAAUAUGUUAUGCAACCUACAGGUGCAGUGAUCACGCCGGCCAUGGACCACACUAUGUCCAUGCAGCCUGCCAGCAUGAUGGGCCCUAUCACCCAGCAGAUGAACCAUCUGUCCCUGGGCACUACAGGAAGUUACAUGACUGCUGCAGCUGCCGCGGCGCCUAUGCAAGGGACCUACAUUCCCCAGUACACUCCUGUGCCUCCAACAGCCGUCCCUGUCGAAGGAGUGGUGACGGACGCCUCCCCCCAGACAGUGGCUCCCUCAUCACAGGAGGUGGCUGGCCAGCAGCAACAGAUCCAGGUGGACAGCGCUGCCGACCAUGUCCCUGCUUACUCAUACCAGUCCAAAUAGCAACGGCCUGAGCGAAUGUUCAUGUGACAGCGUUGCCUUGAGACAGAAGGUGGCUGCACUGUGAAUGUGGAGAAAAGAGAAAAGAAAGAGAUUGCUUCCAGAUUGCCCAGGCACCAAAAAAGAGACACUUUUUUCAUUUCCUACCUGGCCUACGAGAAAAAAAAAAUGCAAGAAGGAGGUAACGAGUGCUGAAGAAAGGGGAAGGGGAAAUUGCUGGGCACAGUGCAAAAGAAGUGAAAUUGUUUAGCCGGGGGAACCUGCCUGAAGGGCUGGGCUGAAGCUUGAAAAGUUUCUCAAAGAAAAAUCUCAACCAAUAUAUUAAAAAAAAAAAAAAAAAAAAAAAAAAAA